AUGUCCCCUAUAGCUUCCUCCCUCUUCUCCCCCCCUUCCCUUCCUUUUAUUUCAGUGGCGCUUCAGCCGGACCUCUUCUCCCUUCUUCUCGACCCAGAUGCUCCAGAAGUCAGCCUCGAGCUCGCCGACGCAGUCGUGUGGGUCAAGCCCGGCGGCGAGUUCGACGGCACCAACGACUCGAGCACCGUCCGUUAUGGCUCGUUCUGUGGCAAGCUCGAUGCCUACAAGACGUCGUCCGAGGCUGGUUGCUGGAACCAGGCCUGCCUUGAAAUGCUUCCCAAGAACGCCGAACCGUCCUCCUAG